CAAGAUGCCAAUGCCUCAACCCAAGCCCAUGAUGACCUUCACUUCAGAGAUUCGUUUCCUUUUCUGUAUUUAUUUAUAAUAAAAAUAAUAUUAAUUUUAUAUUUAAAAUUUAAAAACACUGUAUUUGUUCUCCCGGGUGAAAUCACUCCCACACUGCUGCAACAAGGGGUUCCAGUUUUUUUCUCUACUGCACAUGACAUGCUUGAUAAUAUUACUCUGUGAAGAUGCACACACAUUUUAAUUUUACCAGUCUAUAAUAAGCUUCACAAUGUUUAAAUUGUUAAUUCCCAAAAGGCCUGGUCACUCUUUUGUUACAUUUUCUUCGAUCCAUUCUGUUUGUUUAUCGCUUGAAGAAUCCGUUAGAGCAGCCGUUGAAUCAAGAAAGUAUCGACAAAUCCCUGAUCUUUUUACCGCCUCGAAAGAAUGCUGUCCAGCCUCGAAUCCUUUUUCAUUCCUGUCUACAUUUUCGCUAGCUCGUAGGACGCAAGUUAUUGAUGAAAUGUUGCAGGAUUUUAUUUGGAUUAGACCUCGGUAUCACCCUUAUGCUACUUAUUCGUGUCUUCUUACUUAUGUUCUCCAGAGUCCUGAUCCUCUUCCUCUUGGUCUUGCUAUUGUGCAACGUGUUUUGAGGUCUGGUUGUGUCCCUGUUCCCCAAACUCACCUUCUUCUUUCUAGCGCGUGGAUGGAAAGGCGACAGCAAUGUGAGUCCGUCUCGAAGAUGCUGUUGGAGAUGGAGUCCAUUGGAUAUGGUCCUGACUGUGGCACGUGUAACUAUCUUAUCUCGUCUCUUUGCAAAGUUGAUCAGUCGAAAGAGGCAGUUCAGGUUUUGAGGGGAAUGUGUAAAUCAGGAUGCGUUCCUGAUUUGGAUACGUAUGGUAUUGUUAUUGGUGCAAUGUGUAGAAUCCGAAGGAUCACUGUUGUGGCAGAGCUGAUGAGGGAGAUGGUCAAAUUUGGGUUGACGCCAAGACAGGAAAUAGUGGUAAAAGUGAUAAAAACUAUGAAGGCCAGAAAAGAUGUAUGGAGGGCAGUUGAGGUUAUUGAGCUUUUGCAGACUGAGGGUAUUCUUGUGGGAUUCGAGAGUUAUGAGUCGGUGCUUGAGGGAUGUCUAGAAUGCGGUGAAUAUGUUUUAGCUGGGAAGGUUGUGAUGGGAAUGACAAAUAGAGGGUUUAUACCAUAUAUUAGAGCAAGGCAGAAGGUGGUUGAAGGAUUGGCUAAUGCUGGUGAUUGGAAAUUUGCCUAUGCUGUGCGGCAGAGAUUCACAGAGUUAAAAUCGUAACGUCUCAAAAACAGCUCAUUUUCUUAAAGCAAUGGAUACGGGAUCAGGUUGUUAUAAGUAUGUCUUUCCCACCUGUCAAGUAGCUAAUCAGUUGACCUGCUAUAAAGCAGAAGAUUCUUUGCAAACUUGACUAUGAAGAUAUUUCGAUAACAUAGAGCAUUGAGGUCACAAUGUGACUGCAAACAGCAGCGACAUACAGGCAUAUGUUCUUUAGCAACUUCCUAAAGUUUAUCAUAAAUGUGAUGUAAACUGAUGCUAAUUUCUGAAAAAAAUAGUUGCUUGAUCUCCUAGAGAUGCAAAAAGCCUUCUUCAGAAUUUAUUUCUUCUUGUGGGAAAGCAAUAGAGGAAAAAUAUAUCAGUAUAGGUUUUUGCUUUGAAUGUCUUAAUAAGAUCUUACUUUUAGUUUUA